UCUUUAUUCACUUAAUCCUGACCCUUGAUUUCUCAUUAUAACCGCAAUGAAAAGGACAGUAUCUCUUCACCGUAGACAUUCCAACUGCCCUCCUUGCAAUUACUACACGCUCCGAUGUUCUCGGUGAUUCGUUUCAGUCCAUUUUUAGUCACCGUUACAUAUAUUUUCUAAUCUUGUAAAAUCACUUCAACCUACCAUUCAUCUCCACCGUCAAAUCAUUACGUGCAAUUCAAGUAACUCUGAUUCGCGAAGCGUGUGAUAAUACCCCAACCUGAGUAAAGCCUGCUGAACUCUCCUGUAGAAAAAGAAGAAAAAAAAAGGGGAUAUUCUAAAGAUUUUCUCAUCUACUAUUCUCAGAGAAAUGGAGUUUGUAAGGACGACGGUGAUUCGAGGUCUGUUAAACGGAGGGAGAGCCGGCAACCGGUACAUUUGGACGGCGGUUGCGAGACGGCAGCCGGAGGUUAUGGAGAGAAACGGCAUGUCGUCUGCAGUUAUGCAGUGGAGGAGGAUGUUGAGCAGUGGCGGUGGAGCUGAAGCGCAAGUGAAAGAGAAGAAAGAGGAGAAGAAAGAUAUGGUUAUGUCCAGUUAUUGGGGAAUUUCAAGGCCAAAGAUCACCAGAGAGGACGGCACUGAGUGGCCAUGGAACUGCUUCAUGCCAUGGGAAACUUAUCAGACAGAUUUAUCAAUUGAUUUGAAGAAGCAUCAUGUACCAAGGACAUUUCUGGAUAAAUUUGCAUACAGGACUGUCAAAAUCCUUCGAGUUCCAACUGAUAUCUUUUUUCAGAGACGUUAUGGGUGUCGGGCGAUGAUGCUGGAAACAGUGGCUGCUGUGCCUGGAAUGGUUGGAGGGAUGUUGCUGCAUCUGAAGUCUCUCCGGAAGUUGCAGCAAAGUGGUGGUUGGAUCAAAGCCUUGCUUGAAGAAGCAGAGAAUGAGAGGAUGCAUCUCAUGACCAUGGUGGAGCUUGUGCAACCAAAAUGGUAUGAGAGGCUGCUGGUACUUACUGUGCAGGGAGUCUUCUUUAACUCAUUCUUUGUGCUUUAUGUACUCUCUCCCAAACUGGCACAUAGAAUUGUUGGGUAUUUGGAGGAGGAAGCUAUACACUCCUAUACAGAAUUUCUCAAGGAUAUUGACAGUGGUGCAAUCGAAAAUGUUCCAGCCCCAGCUAUUGCAAUUGACUACUGGAGGCUUCCUAAGGAUGCCACUCUCAAGGAUGUUAUCACUGUGAUCCGUGCUGAUGAGGCUCAUCAUCGCGAUGUCAACCAUUUCGCUUCUGAUAUACAAGUUCAGGGGAAAGAAUUAAGGGAAGCACCGGCCCCUCUCGGUUACCAUUGAGGCAUAUAUCGCUGCACAGAGUACAAUGUCACUUUUGUUUAUGCUGAGAAUAGUAGUACUACUGUAGGAGUCUGGAAUAUAAACAUAAUUACUGAAUAGUAUUCUGUAUUGUAUCUGCCAAACAAAAGAAAACAAUUGUUGUAUGUUGUGGACUAUAACUUGAUUGAAUUUUACAAGCA